GGCACCGCCCGGGAAGCUGCGCGAGGCUGGGCGGCCGCCGCCACAUCCUCCUCCUCCUCCGGGGCCGGGCGAGCGGAGCGGGUCCAGGGCUCGGCUGAGGGCGCUGAGGGCGCGGGCGGAGCGCGGCACGGAGCCAUGGCGCACCAGACGGGCAUCCACGCCACCGAGGAGCUGAAGGAGUUCUUCGCCAAGGCACGGGCUGGCUCUGUCCGGCUCAUCAAAGUCGUCAUCGAGGAUGAGCAGCUUGUGCUGGGUGCCUCACGGGAGCUGGCGGGCUGCUGGGACCAGGACUAUGACAGGACCGUGCUGCCGCUGCUGGACGCCCAGGAGCCCUGUUACCUGCUCUACCGCCUGGACUCACAGAAUGCCCAGGGCUUCGAGUGGCUCUUCCUUGCUUGGUCACCUGACAAUUCUCCCGUGCGGCUGAAGAUGCUGUAUGCGGCCACACGGGCCACAGUGAAGAAGGAGUUUGGGGGCGGCCACAUCAAGGAUGAGCUCUUUGGGACUGUGAAGGACGACCUCUCCUUUGCUGGGUACCAGAAGCAUCUGUCGUCCUGUGCAGCGCCCGCCCCACUGACGUCGGCUGAGAGAGAGCUUCAGCAGAUCCGUAUUAAUGAGGUGAAGACAGAGAUCAGCGUGGAGAGCAAGCACCAGACCCUGCAGGGCCUCAACUUCCCACUGCAGCCGGCGGCCCAGAGGGCACUUCAGCAGCUCAAACAGAAGGCCGUCAACUACAUCCAGCUGAAGCUGGACCUGGAGCGGGAGACAAUUGAGCUGGUGCACACAGAGCCCACGGAAGUGGCCCAGCUGCCCUCAAGGGUUCCCCGAGAUGCUGCCCGCUACCACUUCUUCCUCUACAAGCAUACUCAUGAGGGUGACCCCCUCGAGUCUGUGGUGUUCAUCUACUCGAUGCCAGGGUACAAGUGCAGCAUCAAGGAGCGCAUGCUCUAUUCCAGCUGCAAGAGUCGCCUCCUCGACUCUGUGGAGCAGGACUUCCAGCUGGAGAUCUCCAAGAAGAUUGAGAUUGGCGAUGGGGCGGAGCUGACAGCCGAGUUCCUCUACGACGAGGUGCACCCCAAACAACAUGCCUUCAAGCAGGCCUUCGCCAAGCCCAAGGGCCCAGGGGGCAAGCGGGGUCACAAGCGCCUCAUCCGCGGCCCUGGCGAGAAUGGGGAUGACAGCUAGGUGGCCGGACCUGAGCCGUGCCGGCGUGUGGACUGUGUGCGUCCCACUGCUCCCGGCCACCUGCCUCAUUCCCAGCCUGGGCUCCAGGGGAGGGUUGCUUCCUGUGGGGCAGGAGGGCUGGUGACAGAACAUUCUUGCAGCUUCUGAAGGCCACUGGGCUGGAAUUUUGUGACCUUCCCCUGUUGCUGUUCCUGCCUCUCAUCUGUGUGCCCAAGGGGGUCUGGGAACCCUGCCUGGCUGGCUCAAGGGGGCUGGGUAGGAAGCCUGGAAUGAGCUUUCCCCCCAGGGGUCCUAGCACAGCCCAGGAGCCUUUGGACACAGGAGUGGGUUCAGUCAGGGCUGGGAUAGGGGGUCACUGAAAGAUAAGAUGGUUGAAUGCUGUAUUUUUUAAAGAAUAAAAUAUUUUUAAAUCAA